AUGGCCGCCGGGAAGCUGCUGCUGUACGCCGGCCUGUCCCUGUCCCUCUGCGCACUGGGCAUGCUGGCCGUGGCGAUGUGCUCCGACCACUGGUACGAGACUGACGCCCGCAGGUACAGGGAGCGGUGCCGGAGCUUCUCCAGCCGCCGCAAGGACCCGGGCUUCAUCUACAUCCCCAACAACAGCCUGCCUCUGCGGGCCGGCCGGAGCAGCCCGCCCCGCCGGGACCAGAGGCUGCUGCUGGGCCGGAGCCGGCGGCGGCUGCUCGCCAUGAGCGCCAAGGACGAGUGCAGCAGGCGGGACAACUCAACCAACAUGGGGCUGUGGAGGAGAUGCCACCGGCUCGGCUUCGACCAGGACAUCGAGGAUCUCAUCCGUCAAG